AUGAAAUACUUGUCUUAUGAAUAUUGUCAAUUAGGCAUUGCAAUGAUUUCAAAUUUCAGCCUAACUCUUCAACAUAAAAAUUCAAUCAGAUUAUAGGAUUUUAUUGAAGUGAAUUGUUAUCCUGAAAUAGAUAAAUAAUGUUAAGUGAUAUAUGUAAAACUAAUAAGUUUGCAAAAAUAUACAUCUUCAUCAAAACAACAACUAAGAAUUUUUAUAAUCACACUAAGUAGAUUUGUUUUUUUUAAAAAUUCAAGAAAUGCAAAAAUUUUAAUUGAAAUUGAUAUUCCAAACAAAAUUAAAAUCUUUAACGGAUUUAUAUUUAUAAUUAUGGACAUUAUUUCACUUUAUCUAGAUAUAGCUUAUUAAAUGAUUAAAAAAAAUGUUUAUAAAAUACGUUUUAACUCUCCUAAAGGAAUUUGUAUGUUUUAGUGA